UGGCUGUAGUAACCAGUGACGACCCUUGUCAGGCAGGAAAAGACAAACAGGGAGGAAGGAGGUGUAGUAAAACAAGGCAGAUAACUACAACUUACUUUAAAAAAAAAUAACAGUGCCAAUACUUGCGCACAAAACAGUUUGUUCGGUGAAUAUUCACGAUAGGCACAUUAUUCCACCGUUAGUAAUACAUCCUUGUACCCUGUGUUGUCACUGCAAGCUAGAUAGAUAGUUAGCUAGACAAACUUAGCAGGCUAACAGGGCUCCAGUAGCAGUGCCAUCACAACGCGCCCAGGAUGAUUGCAUUGAUCAACAAGCUCCUUGACUGGUUCAAAGCACUGUUCUGGAAGGAAGAGAUGGAGUUAACAUUGGUGGGACUCCAGUAUUCGGGCAAGACAACUUUCGUUAACGUGAUCGCGUCGGGUCAGUUCAGCGAAGACAUGAUUCCCACAAUGGGCUUCAACAUGAGGAAGAUCACCAAGGGAAAUGUCACCAUCAAGCUGUGGGAUAUCGGCGGUCAGCCUCGAUUCAGGAGCAUGUGGGAGCGAUACUGCAGAGGAGUCAGUGCCAUUGUGUACAUGGUUGAUGCAGCUGACCCAGAGAAGACAGAGGCGUCUAAAAAUGAACUACACAACUUAUUGGACAAGCCCCAGCUCCAGGGUAUUCCUGUUCUUGUCUUGGGGAAUAAGAGGGAUCUUCCUGGGGCGCUUGAUGAGAAGGAGCUGAUUGAGAGAAUGAACCUCUCGGCCAUCCAAGACAGAGAGAUCUGCUGUUACUCCAUCUCCUGCAAGGAGAAGGACAACAUCGAUAUCACGCUACAGUGGCUGAUCCAGCACUCCAGAACCAAGCGGAGCACUUCAUGAGAACCUCAUCUCAAUACACAGGCCUUCACCUGUCCCAAUUCCCCUGCCCUCUGUCCUCCCCAGCCUGUCCAUACUCCUUUUUCUUUGGAUGACCCUCUCUUGCCAAUUACCCCCCCCACGCCUGAUUCCACUCUCCUGAAGGGAGCCUGGAAACCUUUUCUUUGCAGUGUUCAUUUUCUUUUUGUAACAUAACACUUCUUGUGACCUAUGACCUCUGAUGGACAAAGUGGUACUUGGCGUCCCUGAUGUUCAUAUGUCAUACUUCACCAUCUCUGUUGAUAUCGAGGUUUAUAUUCAACUGAUCCAGAGACAGGGCAGAGUACUGUACAGUACAUAACCUCUGUUCCCAAUAGGUAGAGAAGACUGGAGUCUGAACACUGCAUCACUUAGCAGCUUCAAAGUCAACUUUACCACACUGAUAUCACAUUUCAAACAGUAUUUAUGUCUUAGACCAGUGGUUCCCAACCUUUCUCUGUUAAUGUGCCAUCAACUGAAUUUUUCUCUGCCCAGAGUACCCCUGAAGUACCCCAUGUAUAUUUUACCAGAAAGCCUAUGUUUUCAUGGAUCUUCAAGUACCCCCUGUGGGUAGGCCAGGUACCCCCUGUGGGUAGUGUCCCUGGUUGGGAACCACUGUCUUUGACCAUAGUCCUAUUACUUCCCAACGACAGUGGUACUGUGUGUAAUGCUACUCUAUGUACCGUUUUGAAGAGGGAGUGUUGCAACAUUUGAUUGAAAUACUUGCGCAAACUCCCAAGUCUCUCCAUUUCUCUUUUCUUUAUAAGGCUAAUGGGAGGUGUUGUUAAAGAUGUCCUUGAUGUAAUCUCUAUUGUGAUUAUAUAUAUAUACAUUUGCAUUAUGUCAUCUUCUCUGUCUGUUGCUUGUCCUGACACACGUUUGGUAGUUUAGAAACAGCAGGAAGAUUUUCUUUCAACUAAGCAACAUGGACCAUUUUAAUUUGCAUUAGCCAUGUCAAUGGGCAAGCAAUAUCUGCAACACACCUGGUUUACAAACAAAACAUCAAUGUUUAGAUUUAUGCAUCCUUCUUUUCUCAUUUCCUGUCAUUGAUUUAUAUCAUUAUGCAAUAGCUCCUUUCCACCCAGUAAUGUCCAGCUACUAUUUGACCAGUUUUCAUGUCAUUACAGGAUCAUGAAUAACCCAUUUAGAAAUUGAACAUCUGUGAUGAAGAAGUCCCCCAGAUAAAUUGAGAUUAUACAGGUGUCAGCCAAUAUAAUCUAGGUGUUGGAAAUGUCAUAUUAACUAACGAUGAAGGCUUCUGUCUAAUUUUGUAUUUUACUUCCAUGUCUAUGAUAUAUUACCUCCGACAUGGCCAACGUAACCAUUGACAACCGCAACAACAUCUCUGCUUUUUUGUUUGCAUGCUGGGGCAUAAGUAUUUGUGGAAUCUUUGAGAAUUAACUAUAAAUUGUUUUUUGUUUUUUUUAUGGCAAAUAUAGUAAAUACUAUAUCUGCUUUAAAACCUGUUUGUACAUUAUUGUUUCAAUUAAGUUGAUUGUUUUUAAUAGGAUAUGCUUAUGUAUGAUAACUAAAAACAUUGGUGAAAACCACUUUAUACAUGGUCUGCAGAAUUCAUAUGAUUGUUGCCACACAGUGCUCACAGUGGCUGUAGAUUGUUAAUGAUGGUUGGUGCUUUUCAUGUGGUGUCAUGUGUAUGUUUGUCUGGCUGUUUUCAUGUAUAUGAAAGAAUCAAUGUGGGAGAAGACGUAGUGUUUUGGUUGUUCUCUAAUUAAAGGAUCCAUGCCACGGCACUCGUCACAA